UACGAGGCUUGUGGGUAAAAAAAAAAAAUUCCUUUUUUCUUGGAAUAGCUCGAGGACAUCCGAUCAAAAAUCCAAAGCCCUCGGCCCCAAACCCUAACCAAAUUUUAGCAAAAGAAGUAGAGCUUGAAUUGAGAAAUGGAGAGCGAAUCUCCAUUGGUCCCUUUCCCUCUCCUCCGGACCCCGAUCGAGUCCAACUACAGGGCCUGCACGAUUCCCUACAGAUUCCCCUCUGAUAACCCUAGCGAGCCCACUCCCGUCGAGAUCCAGUGGAUCGAUCUCUUCUUGAAAUCCGUGCCCUCGUUCAGGCAAAGGGCUGAGAAUGACAGUACAGUUGUGGAUGCCCCCGAAAAAGCUGAAAAAUUUGCUCAGAGUUUGUUGUCUUGUGGUGUUGAUAGGUACACAGCAAUUCUUGAAGACAUAAAGAAGGAUCCUGAGAGUCAUGGUGGCCCCCCAGAUGGCAUUCUUCUUUGCAGGCUUCGUGAGCAGGUCCUUAGAGAACUAGGUUUCAGAGACAUAUUUAAAAAGGUUAAGGAUGAGGAGAAUGCUAAAGCUAUUGCACUCUUUGAGGGAGUUGUUCAACUUAAUGAUGCUAUUGAAGAUGAUGGCGAGCGUGUUGAGAACUUGAUUAAGGGUAUUUUGGCGGGCAAUAUAUUUGAUUUGGGAUCUGCACAGCUUGCAGAAGUUUUUGCUAGGGUUGGCAUGUCUUUUAUGACAACUUGUCAAAAUCUUGUCUCCCGACCUUGGGUAAUUGAUGAUUUGGACACAUUCAAGACGAAAUGGAUUAAAAAGUCAUGGAAAAAGGCUGUCAUUUUUGUUGAUAACUCUGGAGCUGAUGUGAUAUUGGGCAUAUUGCCAUUUGCAAGAGAGUUACUUCGACAUGGUACAAAGGUGGUUCUAGCAGCAAAUGACUUGCCUUCAAUCAAUGAUGUAACUUACACUGAACUGGUUGAAAUUGUCAAGAAGCUAAAGGAUGAAAAUCAGCAGAUUGUUGGUGUUGAUACAUCUGGCCUUCUCAUUAUUAAUUCUGGCAAUGAUUUGCCGGUAAUUGACCUGACAAAUGUAUCACCAGAGUUGGCUUAUCUUGCAGGCGAUGCAGAUUUAGUUAUGUUGGAGGGAAUGGGACGCGCAAUAGAAACAAACUUAUAUGCUCAACUAAAAUGUGAUUCACUCAAGAUUGGAAUGGUGAAGCACCCGGAGGUUGCUCAAUUCUUGGGAGGAAGGCUCUAUGACUGUGUAUUCAAAUACAGUGAGGUGUUGAAUUACUGAGACAGUCUCCAUUGGAGUUCUCUUCAGUUCUUCUCGUAAGCAUUUCCCACAGACAUAAGUAGUAUGCAUACUCUGCAGUGAAUGGGUGGGAUCUUCUUACAAAUAAUAAAUGGUAUGCCUAUUCUGUUUUUGGUGGGAGUAGAUACUUAUGUGCUCACUCAAACAUUGUAGAUGAGCUUACUGAAUCCUGUUAUAACAGAUGGAAUUAUCUUUAAUAAUUUAUAAAGUUACAUUUUUGUUAAAAUUUGUGCAGUUUUUGUAUUCUACUAUAUGUUGUUGCUAAGUAAUAUGGAAACAAGUGGCUGAUGGAAAGUUGAAUUUAAGUAAUAAUGAAGUUGUUGGUUUUA